AUGGACCAAGCUCACAGUCGUGCCCUUGAGGCCUUGCAGCCAUUCCUGGGACUGGCAACCUCCAGUAACUCAACCUCUCCGCGGUUCGCGGCCCAGAUCGUUCGGGAUGCGACCUCCAGCGCUCAUACCUACGUGUUUGCCGAGCUGCUGGAGACCCCGAUGGUCCAGUCGCUCCGCUCGUCUGACACCCCAGCCGAAUUCCGUGGCCAUUACAGGCUGCUUGAGAUCUUUGCAUCGGGUUCCUGGGGGGACUACACCAGCAGCUCCGGCCUCCCCCAAAUGAAUGACGCGCAAACGCGCAAGCUACGCCUCCUCACCCUUAUCUCCUUGGCUUCCGAGCACAAGCCACUUACCUACAAAACCCUGAAAUCUGCCCUUUCUCUUUCCACAAACGCCGAGCUCGAAACUCUAGUCACCGACGCCAUCUACAACUCUCUUAUCACCGCCACCCUCUCUCCAUGCUCAUCCCCGCCAACUGUGAACAUCACUGCCGUCGCAGCUCUCCGUGACGCUCUAAGCGCCUCACAGUCUCAGCAUGUGAUCGGAGUAUUGAGCGAAUGGGAAACACGAGCCCGACACGUCACAUUGGCUAUGGACCAAGAGAGCACCCGAAUCAAGGACAACGUAUCAGAGCGGGCCGCAAAGAACACUAAGCAUGAGUCAAUGCUCAAUGAAGCCACAAGCUGCCGAGCCGACCAAGAUGCUACUGCUACGAGUUCCGCGGUUCAUCCGGCCACUGAAGAGCAGGGCUCCCGUGGAAAGAAGCCAUACGGUCGUGCUACUGCAAAUCCUUCUGGCAGCAACAAGCGUGAGGCAGAUGUGAUUGAUCAAGAUGAUGGCUUCUGGGAGCCGGGUGAGGGGCCCGAUCAGGGCGCUUCCCGCAUGGAUAUUGACGAGGGGGCUGGAUCGUCUCGUGGAAGUCGCUAUUCCAAGCGUGUUGUUGGCCGCAGGGCUUAG